CAGUUUUCUGUGUGCGAUCUCUCUUCUUCCUCCUCAUCCAUGACUUGUCAUCCCGGUACAUACCCGACCCGGUUCGUUUCAUCCCUGGACCGAUUCCGUUCAGUUUCGGAUCCCACCGUAGUUUGUUUCCUCCUGCUUCGUUGAAUAUAAAAGAAGCUUUCAAGUAAACCGUUUUCUUGUUUUAUUAUAGAUCGGUUUUUUAUUCUCGUUCCUCGUUCCGGUUUUCUUUAAUCCGUUUUGAUUAUUUGGAUGGAGGAAAAUGAUAACAAGCUGCACAGAACGGCUUCGUUCAAUUCCGCUAUGUCCGACGUGGUAUUGGAAUGCGUUCUGCCGUACGUGCACGACCCGAGGGACCGCGCUGCCAUUUCCCUCGUCUGCCGGAGGUGGUACGAGCUCGACGCGUCGUCUCGUAAGCACAUAACCAUCGCGUUUUGUUACACGACGACGACCGAUCGGUUGCGGCUGCGUUUCCCGGUGCUGGAAUCGUUGAAACUGAAAGGGAAGCCUCGGGCGGCGAUGUUCAAUUUGAUACCCGAUGAUUGGGGAGGUUAUGUAACGCCGUGGGUGAAUGAGAUUGCGGGGAACUUCAAUUGCUUGAAAUCUCUUCAUUUUAGGAGGAUGAUCGUUAGGGAUACGGAUCUCGAAGUUUUGGCUCGGUCUAGAGGGAGAGUUUUGCAGUCUUUGAAGCUUGAUCGAUGCUCUGGGUUUUCAACUGAUGGACUCUUCCAUAUUGGAAGCAUGUGCAGGCAGCUAAGAACAUUGUUUUUAGAAGAGAGUUCGAUUAUAGAGAGAGAUGGCCGAUGGCUUCAUGAGAUUGCGAUGAACAACUCCGUUCUCGAGACUUUAAACUUUUACAUGACUGAUCUCGUCCAAGUGAGUUUCGAAGACCUUGAACUGAUUGCCAGGAAUUGUCGCAACUUGACCUCCAUGAAAAUCAGCGAUUGCGAAAUUCUGGAUCUUGUCGGCUUCUUUCGUGCUGCUUCUGUUUUAGAAGAGUUCUGCGGUGGUUCUUUCAAUAUCGAGCAAUCGGACAGGUAUAAUGCUGUAACAUUUCCACGGAGGUUAUGCCGUUUGGGUUUAUCAUACAUGGGGAGUCAUGAAAUGCCAAUUGUGUUUCCUUUUGCAUCGUUGCUCAAGAAGUUGGAUCUCCUCUAUGCCUUGCUUGACACGGAAGAUCACUGCUCGUUAAUUCAACGAUGCCCCAACUUAGAAGUUCUUGAGACAAGGAAUGUUAUUGGAGACAGAGGAUUAGAAAUUCUUGCUCAGAGUUGUAAGAAACUAAAGCAUCUUAGAAUCGAGCGAGGAGCCGAUGAGCAGGGAAUGGGAGACGAAGAAGGUGCGGUUUCGCAUAGAGGAUUAAUGGCUUUAGCUCAGGGAUGCCUUGAAUUGGAAUAUAUAGCCGUUUAUGUAUCCGAUGUCACGAAUGCAUCAUUGGAAUCCAUCGGGACGUACUCCAAAAACCUCUGUAAUUUUCGUCUGGUGUUGCUUGACCGAGAAGAAAGGAUAACAGAUUUGCCUCUUGACAAUGGAGUCCGUGCUUUACUGAGAGGCUGUGAAAAGCUAAGAAGAUUUGCGCUGUAUCUCCGACCUGGUGGUUUGACUGAUGUAGGCCUCGGUUAUAUUGGUCGAUAUAGUCCGAACGUGAGAUGGAUGCUUCUGGGAUAUGUCGGGGGGUCCGAUACUGGACUUUUGGAGUUCUCAAAAGGAUGUCCUAGCUUGCAGAAACUUGAGAUGAGGGGAUGCUGCUUCAGCGAGCUAGCAUUGGCACACGCUGCGUUGCGAUUACCGUCUUUGAGGUACUUAUGGGUGCAAGGAUAUAAAGCAUCAUCACAAUCAGGUCGCGAUCUGUUAGCCAUGGCUCGUCCGCUCUGGAAUAUUGAGCUAAUUCACGCAAGACGAGUCGUUACGACUAAUCAAGUCGGAGAAACAAUUGUGCUCGAACAUCCAGCUCAUAUACUCGCCUACUACUCUCUAGCCGGACCGAGAAGAGAUUUUCCAGAUACUGUCAUUCCUUUGGAUCCGGUGCUGUAAAUAUAACCCCCUUUUUCGACGUUUCGAUAUUUCCAAUCCACGUUCUGUUUAUACGGUUUAGAGGGUUUCGGUUUGAUAUUUUUCGUGGACGAUUUCAUUUCUUGACUUUGGGUUGUAAUAAAGAUUGUGUUUUGGUCUGUAAUUUUGAAAGGCAUUUGCAGUCUUACAUUGCUUGGUGGGCUACCAUAGAAGAGUAGCUUAGGUAUUAAGCCUUUGUACUGAUAAAUUUCAUAUUGAUUCUGCAGAUUGAAUCUUUA